GUAUAGGGUUCUCCUUUGUUUGCAGAGCUGCCCAGAUCCCACGCCCUUCCUCCCUCAACCCCACCAAAGCCACGUGGCCUCCACACAGCCCUCGGAUCCUGAGAGAAAGUGACAGGAGGACCGAAACCCAGGACAGUCCAGUGCCGAGUAAUGCAUAUGUGUGGGGAGCUUGGAUCUGUGGUCACAAUUCUUACUGCGACCUAUGAGAUGAGGAGGAGGAGCUUUAGUUCACAGCAGCAGAAGUGAACCCGUGGGGUCCAACUUUAUUCUGUGUCACUUUGGUAAAUGAUGGGAUCUGGUGCGAAUCUAGGUUGGUUGGACGCCAGAGCCAUUGGUUUCCCCCACAGACCCUGUUCCCUUCUUCAGCCUUAAUCUUCCUGGAAGACUCAAUGCCCCAACCCUUAGGUCUUCCAGUUUCCUGAAUUGUUCUCACCAACAGCAACAGGUAGUGCCUCUGCUCCCUGCUCUUUCCCUGUUGAAGGCUGCCGUGCCUGUCCGUGGUCACUGUCUGUCUCUUCUUGUCCCUCUUAUUCCAUUCUCUGGCCCCUGAUGAAAGCUGAGUCAGAGACACGCUUCCCCUUGGCUCCCAAUGCCUCCCAUGGGGGCCCCUCCUUGGCUGCAUCCGUUAGUCACUCCCCGGUAAGUCCCCCCCCCACACCCUGUGGGGCGGGGAACCCAGGGCAGCCAGAGGCAGUGGACUUUUGGCCCGUUUCGUUUAUUCCUUACAUCUCAUCAACAUCUGCCACGGGCUCUUGGCUCAUUCCUCUGACUGCUGACCUGCAGGGAAGCAGAAACCCAGAAAGAGAAGGAAGGCAGAAACCCGGAGACAGACCCGGAGACAGACCUGGAGACAGACCUGAGGCCGAGGCUGCCGCUGGCCUUCUGCCCUCCCCCUCUCUCUCUUCCCACACUGCCCUAACACCUCUCCCUAGCCAACGCCCGUCAAGGUCCCCUGGGGCUCAGCCCUUCUCCCUCUGGGGCCACAGGUGCCCCUCAGGGCCUGCGUCCCACCAUGUCAGUGGCUGUGGAGACCUUUGGCUUCUUCGUGGCAGCUGUGGGACUGCUGAUGCUGGGUGUGACUUUGCCAAACAGCUACUGGAGAGUGUCCACUGUGCAUGGGAAUGUCAUCACCACCAACACCAUCUUCGAGAACCUCUGGCACAGCUGCGCAACCGACUCCUUGGGAGUCUACAACUGCAGGGAGUUCCCGUCCAUGCUGGCCCUCUCCGGGUACAUCCAGGCCUGCCGGGCACUCAUGAUCACCGCCAUCCUCCUGGGCUUCCUGGGCCUCUUCUUGGGCAUGUUGGGACUGCGCUGCACAAACAUUGGGACCUUGGUGCUCUCCAGGAAAGCCAAGCUGGCGGCCACUGCCGGGGCCCUAUACAUACUGGCUGGUUGCUGCGGGAUGGUGGCCAUCACCUGGUAUGCCUCCAACAUCACCCGGGACUUCUUUGACCCCUUGUAUCCCGGAACCAAGUAUGAGCUGGGCCCUGCGCUCUACCUGGGCUGGAGUGCCUCCCUGCUGACCAUCCUGGGCGGUGUUUGCCUCUGCUCCAGCUGCUGCUGUGCUCCCGAAGAGGACCACGCCACCAACACCCGGCUGCCCUACAAGGCCUCCACAGUGCGGUCCACUGGCCCCGCUGCCCAUGGGCGCCCCGCAGCAACCUCGUAUGAAGACGACGUCAGCUUCGGCAAAUACGGGAAAAACGCUUACGUGUAGGAGGCCUGGCCUAUGGAUCCUAUUCCCUUCCCACUGCCCCCAGUGGAAAGGGGUCCCUCGAACCCCGGACAGCAGGCGCAGGCCCCUGCUUGGUGUUACCACCUCAGAGGCAAGCCAUGCCCCAGGGCCAAGCCACUCCCAGGACUCCACCUCAGGCCUGAAGCCACACCCAGCUCAGGCUCCUCUCUGUAGUCUGCCCUGGCUACGGGCUACGCUUCCCUCCUCUGGCCAAGAAGCUGCCUCCUGAGGACUCACUUCGGACUCCUGAGACUGCACCUGACCCCUCUCUAUCCUGAGGCUGGGGUCUGAGCGAUUAGGCCGGCGGGGACACCCCGAGUGCUUACAUUCUAUAUAAAUACAUGCUUAAAUAAA